AUGGGUGACGGAGGUUUUUUCAAGGGCACCAGCUUGGAACAAGACAGUCGGUUUUCUGAUAAGCAAAAAAAAUUGUUAAAAAGCAUGAAUUUUCCUAUAGAAUUCAAUAGAAAGGUUGAUGUGAAAAAAGUAAACAUGUCAGUAAUCAAGCCAUGGAUCGCACAAAAAAUUGUUGACUUAUUAGGAGGUGAAGACGAAGUUGUCGUCAAUUAUGUAUUUGGGUUGUUGGAAGAACCGGAUCUUGACCCGAGAAUGAUGCAAAUUAAUCUCACCGGUUUUUUGGAAAAAAAUGCACCAAUCUUCGUCACAGAGUUAUGGAAUUUACUUUUAUCGGCUCAAGACAGUGAAAGCGGCAUCCCGAACAUAUUUCUCGAACAGAAAAUGAAGGAAAUUCGCGAGAAAAAGGAAGAAGAUGAACGAAUUAUGAAGGAAAUUCGAAGAAGGCGUGAAAAUGAAGAGGAAGAGAGAACAAAGUUACGAGAGAUUAGAGAGAAAGAACGCAGAGAAGAACGAGAAAGACGGGAUCGUGAUAAUAAAUCGGCUCGCCAUCCAAGUAGAAGUAGAGAUGAUGACAGGCACCGCAGAAUUUCUCAUCGUCCUCGAAGUCGCAGUAAAAGUGAUGACAAUAGACAUCAACGACGUUACCAUAGAAGGAGUAGGAGUAGAAGUAGAGAUCGUAGCAGAGAACGUGUUGCUAGGGAACGUAGUAGAGAACGCAGUAGAGAUCGUAGAAGACACAAAGGUCAUCGGCAUAAUAGUAGAAGUAGAAGCAGGGAAAGUCGUAGGCAUGAAGAAAGAAAACAAAGGCAUAAAAGUCGCAGUAGUCGUAGUAAGAGCAGAGAAAGAGAUGAUACAAGUAAACGGAGACGCCUUUCUAAAGAGAUUGUUACAAAACCAUCAGGCUUGGUCAGUCAUACUCCUUCUCCAGAACGAAAUCACCGUCCAGAGAUCAAUACAUCUGAAGAUGACUCCAAAAAGAGAACCGUAGAAUCGACAGAAGGGGUCGAUUCGGCAGCCGCUGUUGAGUCAGAGCAAUUAGAGCAAUUGCGAGCAAAAGCAUUCGAAUCAAUGAAAGGUCGUAAAUAA